GAUAUGGGUCCCCAGCUCAAAGUGGUUGAACGUUCACGGACUGCCACCAUGCUCUGUGCUGCGAGUGGCAACCCUGACCCAGAAAUUACCUGGUUCAAGGACUUCCUGCCAGUCAACACCUCCAAUAAUAACGGCCGAAUCAAGCAACUCCGCUCAGAGUCCUUUGGUGGCACGCCCAUACGAGGUGCCCUACAGAUAGAGAUGAGUGAGGAAGGGGAUCAGGGCAAGUAUGAGUGUGUUGCCACCAACAGUGAUGGGACACGCUAUUCCACCCCAGCGAACCUGUAUGUCAGAGAGCUACGAGAAGUGCGUCGCGUCCCCCCUCGCUUCUCUAUUCCCCCCGCCGACAGCGAAAUCAUGCCCGGGGGGAACGUCAACAUCACCUGCGUGGCGGUCGGCUCGCCCAUGCCGUACGUGAAGUGGAUGCUGGGAGCGGAGGACCUGACGCCCGAGGACGACAUGCCCAUCGGCCGCAACGUCCUGGAGCUGACCGACGUGCGCCAGUCCAACAACUACACCUGCGUGGCCAUGUCCACGCUGGGCGUGAUCGAGGCUGUGGCGCAGAUUAUUGUGAAAGCCCUGCCAAAGGCUCCCGGCGUCCCUGUGGUGACGGAGAGAACUGCAACGAGCAUUACCCUCACCUGGGAUUCUGGAAACCCUGAACCAGUCUCCUACUAUGUCAUACAGCAUCGUGCCAAAGGUUCAGACGACCCUUAUAAGGAGAUAGAUGGCAUCGCCACAACCCGCUACAGCGUCGGCGGCCUCAGCCCGUACUCCCACUAUGAUUUCCGGGUGGCGGCUGUCAACACCAUCGGUCAGGGCCCAUCCAGCGACGUGGUGGAAGCUCGUACAGCAGAGCAGGCCCCUUCAUCGCCUCCACGACAGGUCAUAGGUCGGAUGCUGAGUGCUACAACGGCAAUGAUUCACUGGGACGAGCCAGAGGAACCUAACGGUCAGGUGGUUGGCUACAGGGUGUACUACACCUCAGACAACACGCUGCCAGUCAACCAGUGGGAAAAGCAGAUGGUCCGAGGCACCAAUUUCAUCACCAUCCAGGAUCUGACCCCUAACAAGACUUAUUACAUCCGAGUGCUGGCGUUCACCUCUGUAGGAGACGGACCCUUGUCCCAAGAUCUGCAAAUUAUAGCCAAGACUGGAGUUCCAUCCCAACCGUUAGACUUCAAGGGGGAAGCCAAGUCUGAGACCAGUAUCCUGUUGUCCUGGGUGGCCCCCUCCACCCAGGGGGGCCCAGACAGCCAAAUCACAGGAUACGAACUGGUUUAUCGAAGGGUCGACGACACGGAGGAGAGGAAAGUGAGCUUUGAGCCAGCCACCUCCUACCUGCUGAAGAACCUGAAGCCCUUCUCCGCCUACACCUUCCAGCUGGCCGCCAAGAGCAAAAAUGGGAUCGGAGCGUACACCAACGAAGUGUCCAUUGACACUCCGCAGACACUUCCUUCAGCGCCUCCCCAGGACAUCACAUGCACCAGUCCCAGUUCUACCAGCAUCCUGGUAAGUUGGGCUCCACCACCCCUGGAGUUUCAGAACGGCAUCAUAACGGGAUACUCCAUCCAGUAUUCCACAAUGGAGGGCAACAAAACGGCCAAAAGAGUUGACAGGAUUCCUCCGGGAAGUUCUCCGUAUCUCCUGGAAAACCUUGAGAAAUGGACUGAGUAUGGCAUAACGGUUCGGGCUCUCACGGAGGCUGGGGACGGACCAGAAAGUUUGCAGCUGCUUAUCCGCACUGAGGAAGAUGUUCCAAGUGGUCCUCCACGAGGGGUUGAAGCAGAGACAGUGAAUGCCUCAGCCAUUAGGGUGAAAUGGCGCGCUCCAGCACCCGAGCUGCAGCACGGACAGGUCCGUGGUUACCAAGUCCACUAUGUGCGGACAAACUAUGGCGAACCGCAAGGUCAACCACUCAUCAAGGACAUCCUCAUCGAAGAGUCACAGUGGGAACUUGGGGACUCAGCUGAAUAUGAAAUCGUGCUCGGAGACCUGAAAGCAGACACAGCCUACUCUGUGUCAGUGGGAGCUUACACUGCAAAGGGUGACGGCGCUCGCAGCAAAGCUGUUACUGCAUGCACCGCCCUGCCUUUUCCUGAGAAACCCAAACUGCUGGUCAGUGCAACUGAAACAGGUACGGCCCUCCUGCAGUGGUACCCCCCUCCCAACCCGCCGACCCCUUUGCUGGGGUACCGCCUCACCUUCGGACGUGUCGACAUUCUUCCCUUUACGGUGGUGGAGUUCCCCGCCAAAGAAACCCGUUACACUGCUCUGGAUAUAGAGAAGGGAGCUAACUAUGUGUUCAGACUCUCUGCCAGAAACAAAAUGGGCUACGGAGAGGAAACCAUGGCGGAGGUGACCACUCCAGAAGACGCCCCGACUGGAUACCCAGAAAGUAUCGUUCUGGAGGAGGCUUCUGCCACCUCCCUCAAGCUGACAUGGAAGUCGGUCCCACUGAUAGAGCAAAAUGGAAAAAUUGCAAAGUACUCGGUGCUGUAUAAGGAUAUAAACAGUCGGGGGAACGCUACAGAGGUGGUGGUGCCUGCUCCGGGGUCGAGUGUUUUGCUGGAGGGUCUGAGUGCCGAUACCGUCUAUCAUGUCAGGGUGUGCGCGUUCACGGCCGUCGGUCCGGGGCCGUACAGCCCCAGCGUCCAGUUCAGGACGCAGCGGCUUGACCAAGUCUUUGCCACCAACUUCAGAGUGAAGGCAGCCAUGAAGAACUCGGUCCUGCUUUCUUGGGAGAUCCGGGACAAGAACCCUGCCCAGCCAUUUACCAUCCUGUACGGAAAGGGCCAGUCUGUGGAAGUAGACGGCAAACAGACCCAGAAGCUCAUAACUGGCUUGGAUCCGGACACCCAGUACUCUUUUCUGCUCACGAACCGGGCCAACAGCGCUGGCGGCCUGCAGCACCGCGUCACUGCCACCACUGCCCCAGACAUCCUUAAAAGCAAACCCCUCAUUGUGGGAAAGACCAACGCAGACGGAAUGGUGACUGUGCAGCUGCCGACCGUGCAGACGACAGCAAAAGUCAGGGGUUACUAUGUGGUGGUGGUGCCUCUCAAGAAGCAGAGAGGAGGAAAGUUUCUGAAUCCCUGGGACGAUCCUGAUCAGAUGAAUCUGGACGAGCUCCUCAGAGAGAUCAACAGGACAAGCGUUAGCCGGGCCCUGCGCAUCCGCAGGCAGGCUAGCCAGUCAGACCCCAGGGCCUACAUCACAGCUCACUUUAAGACCCUCCCCUUAGAGUUCACUUUAGGCGACAGCCGAAACUAUGGCGACUUCCGCAACCGUCCUUUGAAGGGUGGCCAGGAGUACGUCUUCUUCGUCCUCGCCCUCCUAGACCUCUCGGAAAAUACAAUGUUCUCAACCAGUCCCUAUUCUGAUCCGGUGACCGCGUCGGAUGUGGACCCCCAGCCGAUUGUUGAUGAGGAGGAGGGACUGCUGUGGGUUGUAGGCCCUGUGCUGGCUGUCAUUUUCAUUGUGUGCAUCGUCAUUGCCAUUCUUCUCUUUAAGAGCAAACCUGACAGGAAAAGAGCCGAGGCUGAGGGAAGAAAAGGCAGUUUUCCCUGCAGCAAAGCCAUGUCCUCCCACCAUCCCACAGAUCCCGUGGAGCUGCGGAGGAUCAACUUCCAGACUCCAGGCAUGGCGAGUCACCCGCCCGUCCCCAUCUCUGAGCUGGCGGAUCACAUCGAGCGCCUCAAGGCAAACGACAAUCUCAAGUUCUCUCAAGAGUACGAGUCCAUAGACCCGGCUCAGCAGUUCACUUGGGAGAACUCCAACCUUGAGGUCAACAAACCAAAGAACCGCUAUGCUAAUGUCAUUGCGUAUGAUCACUCGAGGGUCAUACUCUCCAGCAUUGACGGUGUCCCUGGCAGUGACUAUGUUAACGCCAACUACAUUGAUGGCUACCGCCGUCAGAACGCCUACAUAGCCACCCAAGGCCCUCUUCCGGAGACCUUCGGGGAUUUCUGGAGGAUGGUCUGGGAGCAGCACACAGCCAACAUUGUCAUGAUGACCAAGCUGGAGGAGAAGUCACGGAUGCCCUCUUAUUUCUUCUCUAAGGUGAAAUGCGAUCAGUACUGGCCAACACGUGGCACGGAGACCUAUGGCCUGAUCCAGGUCACUCUGCUGGACACAGUGGAGCUGGCCACCUACUCCGUGAGGACCUUCACUCUUUACAAGAGCGGCUCUAACGAGAAGCGUGAGGUUCGUCACUUCCAGUUCACCGCCUGGCCGGACCACGGGGUCCCUGAACAUCCCACCCCGUUCUUGGCCUUCCUUCGCCGGGUCAAGGCCUGCAACCCUCCCGAUGCCGGACCCAUGAUUGUGCAUUGCAGCGCCGGCGUGGGCCGAACCGGCUGCUUCAUCGUCAUCGACGGCAUGACGGAGCGCAUCAAGCAGGAGAAGACCGUCGACAUUUACGGCCACGUGACGCUGAUGCGCUCCCAGAGGAACUACAUGGUCCAGACGGAAGACCAGUACAUCUUCAUCCACGACGCUCUGCUGGAGGCCGUCACGUGCGGCAACACCGAGGUCCCCGCCAGGAACCUGUACUCCUACAUCCAGCGGCUGACGCAGAUUGAGCCCGGAGAGAACGUCACGGGCAUGGAAGUGGAGUUCAAGCGUCUGGCCAGUGCCAAGGCCCACACAUCCCGGUUCGUGAGUGCCAACCUGCCGUGCAACAAGUUCAAGAACCGACUGGUGAACAUUAUGCCCUAUGAGACGACACGCGUGUGUCUCCAGCCAAUCAGAGGGGUGGAGGGGUCCGACUACAUCAACGCCAGCUUUAUUGAUGG